CAUUUGCCUGGCACUGCCUGCUCGGCACCCGCCUGCUCGGCUGCUCCCACCGUCCCACGUGCCGUCCGUCCGUGUUGGAGCGUGUUGCCAUCGCCAUUCCCUCCGCUUCGCUCCGUUUCGUUGCCACCCUUUACACGCACUCCACCUUCGCUCCUCCGGGCCCCCGAAAUGUCGGACGAAGGCGGCGCCGGCGAGCCGCUCAGCGACCGCCAGAAACGGGAGAUCGCCACCUGGUUCCUAUCCAACGCGCCAGCCGGCGAGAUCCAUUACAUCGCCAAAGAUGUGCGCGCGCUGCUGGGGAACGACGCGGUGUACGAGGCCGCCGCCGCGGAGGCCUUCCCGGAGUACAACAAGGCCCGCCUCGUGUCCAUCGAGCUCCCCGACCGCAGUGGCGACAUAAUCAUCUCAACUUAUGGGGAGAUUGACAAGAACAAUUAUCUGGACCCCAGGACUGCGCAAGUUGCUACUAUAGAUCAUAUGAAACAGACUUGUACAAAACUGAGGCCUGCUGAAGAUGAGGAGCUUCCAUCAGCUUACAUUGAAGAGUUUAGCAAUGGCAGCUGGUGUUCAGUUUGGACUAUUGAAUUCAAUUAUGAGUUGCAGUUUGUUGAUAUUAAAGGAAAGAUACAGGUAGAUGCUCACUAUUUUGAAGAGGGAAAUGUCCAGCUGGAUACUAACAUUGAUCGUAAGGACUCCACCAGAAUGCAGUCACCUGACGAUUGUGCGGUUUCAAUCAGUGGCAUCAUUCGACAUCACGAGUCUGAAUAUUUGUCCUCUCUCGAGGAAUCAUACUUAAAUUUAUCUGAUGCAACUUUUAAGGACCUUCGGCGAAAACUUCCAGUUACCCGUACUCUUUUCCCCUGGCAUAACACACUGGUGUUCGGUCUUACGAGAGACCUUGCCAAAGAAUUAGCGCUUGGAAAAUGAAGUCUCCGCUGGCCAUGUCACCAGAUUGUUUCAUCUUUGAACUUCCCAAUCCCAGUGUAAAUCAACAAGAUACUUUUUUUUUGGGGGAGGAUGACAUUCAAAAAAUACACAUUCUCUUCACAUAUCCUAGGGCUUUUAUUUGGAUGCCGUUAGGAACCAAACAGACUCUUGUUGACGUGUGUGAAUCAUUUGUUUCUUCACCAAUGCUCCAUUGUGAUAGAUUAUUUUA